CUGCCGAAUGCAUGUCUUACCACCAAAACCACAUCUUUAGUUCACCUUUGGCGCACGGGAGGCCAUGUCUCCGUCCCUCGAUUUGCCCACUUUUUUUUCCUGACGAACAUCUCGACGGCUGCGAUCCAGAAGCCCGCGGUUUGAGAUGUCAUCUCAGGAGGCGGGGCUGCUGGAUAGCUUUUGUCGUCCGUACUGACUCGAUGUUCAAAUGAAUUCUUUGUUUCUCCUGCCGCUGACUUUCAAUUUGGGGCAUUGAGACUGCAAACGAGUUAUCCAGUCUCGUGUCCGCCUGUGCUCGAUUGAGUAGUGAAACACGGAGUCUCUUGAUAGCUUGGGUAUAUGAGUGAUCACCCGUAGCUGACGGGUUGACCUUUUUCUUGAUUGCAAUAACUGUAUUGAAAAAAAGAAAAGAAACCCCCUAUUUUCAAGAUGCCGUCGGCCAUAUUGUAUCUCGUCGCCUCCUUGGUCGCGUACCAGCUGUACAGCACGGUAUCCGGACUACGGCGGAAUAUCGCGAAAGCGACGGCGACAGGCCUGCCAUAUUACAUUGUCCCGAUGAGCCCUAUGAAUCGAAUCGGUCAACUCUUCGCACCUUUGAUCAUGGUUUUGUGGAAGGCCCUGCCACGAAAAUACUGGGAAGAUAUCAUGCCUGUCCUGCAAGCCGACUGGCAAUACACCCAGCGUUUUGAGACGUUCGAAAAAUUGGGAGAGUCUUUCGUCGUCGUCUCUCCAGGUGCGCUCGCGCUGUAUACCGCCGAUGCCGAAGCGAUUCACCAAGUUACAUCGAAGCGAGAAGCGUUCCCGAAACCGACCGAGCUUUAUAAACUUCUGUCGUUAUACGGAGAGAACGUAGUGACCACGGAAGGCGCAGAAUGGCGCGCACAUAGAAAGGUGACUUCAACAUCUUUCAACGAAAAGAACGCGGCGCUUGUCUUCCACGAGACCAUCACGCAAACAUACGGAUUGAUCAAGCAGUGGCUGGGCCCAGACGGAAAGGGCGGCAAGACGAUUAAGACAGUGGAAGAUGACACAAUGACUCUUAUGCUUCAUAUCAUCGGCUAUGCUGGUUUCGGGCUUCGUCUGCUCUGGUCGGAUGAGUCGCUUCCAGCCGACACGGACCCUAAGGUGGCCAGGUUUUCGUCCCUCGAGCCCUCGUCCGGAUACAGUCUAAAUUUUAAAGACGCGCUUGCGGGUGUUCUGCAUGGUAUUAUACCUUUGCUGCUACUGCCAAGGUGGUUGAUGCGUGUUCUCCCAUUCAAGGGUAUCAGAUCGGCCUUUGCUUCAGAGAACAACCUCGUCAAGUACUUCGAUCAAUUCGUGCAAGAUAAGAUCGCGGACACAAAAGAGGGAAAGCCGGAAAAGGGCAUGAACAUUAUGGGAAUGCUUGUGCGCACGAGUUAUGGUGAUGAAGCGUCAUCUGAUAAAAAGCAAUCUAAACUCACACGUCUCCAAGAUUCCGAGAUCAUUGGCAAUGCUUUUGUCAUGAUGGUAGCAGGUCACGAAACGACAGCCAACGCAACACACUUCACGUUGCUGAACCUUGCGACAAAUCCCGAUGUGCAGCGACUGGUCCAAAGGGAUGUGGACGGUAUUUUUGAUGGUGCAGACCCAGCAACGUGGGAUUACGACCAGUGUAUCAACUCGCUCAUGGCUUCGUAUGUUGGGGCCUGCAUGAAUGAGACGCUGCGCACAAUGCCGCCGGGUGUUGAAAUCCCCAAAAGGGUGUCACCGUCUCAAGAUCAAGUGCUUGUUCUCAACGGUGAGAAGCACGUUUUGCCUGCGGGAAUGCGUGUCGGUCUGAUCGCUGUUGCGGCUCAACAUAAUCCACGCUAUUGGCCAAGUAAACGCAGCAAAGUCACUGGUAAGGACAACGAUGUGCUUGAUUGGGUCCCUGAGAGAUGGUACCGCAAGCAAGCCACUGGUGACAACAUCGAGAUUGAAGGUGCCGACAAUGAGGAUUUCGGCGGGUUUGCCGGUCCUGAUACCAGCGCCCAGCUUUUCAGGCCGGUCCGAGGUAGCUAUAUUCCGUUCUCGGAUGGAGCGCGCUCGUGUCUUGGUAGACGUAUCGCGCAGGUGGAAAUGGUGGCGGCCUUGAGCGCGAUAUUCCAGAAAUAUAGUAUCGAAUUGGCUGUGGAGGAGUGGGCGAGUGAUGCGGAAGUGGCGAGAAUGGGCCAGGAAGAAAAGAGGGAGUUAUAUGCGAAGGCUCAGGCCAAGUCACGAGAGACUAUGAGAGGUGCGACGAGUUUGAUAACGCUCAAAUUGCAUGGUGAUAAGUUCGUACCUGUCCGGCUGGUGCCGAGAGGUCAAGAACGGUUUGUCAACUGGGUUGAGUAGAGUUUUUAGCAGUUGCUAUAUGAAUAUUCAAUACACCCAAAUUCAAAAGCACAAACAUCAUGCACUGCUAGUGUGGAUUGAAAACAAGACGAGUUUGUCGAGUUGAAACUGAUCAAAUGCUUGAGCAUGGCGGCAAGAGCAUUGUGCUGGAACAAUAUCCGAUCGGGCAUUCCUUAAGUAUCGGGAAGCAUCACUUGGAAAGGCACACAGACAGAAAGCCGAGGUGUUGCAACUCUAACGUGUGAGUGGGAAAAGGCACUCUCCGAUUACUAAGGGUAAACACUUUAUUUAUC